AGAUGGGAGGUGGCCAUGGGGCCGCGGCAGGGGUUUGUCCCCUCCUCGGCUUCCGUAGAGGAAGUCGCGCCGACCUGUAUCUGGGGUUUCGGUGUCCCCGCCUUCCCGGGGGUCCGGGGUGACAUUGCACCGCGCCCCUCACGGGGUCGCGUCGCCACCCGACGCGGACUCCCUGGCUGGCGUGCUUCACCCCUUCGCCUCUCUUGGCCGGGCCCCCACCUCGCCCCCAGCUGCCCAGCCAUGGGGGCCGCAGUGUUUUUCGGAUGCACUUUCGUCGCUUUCGGCCCGGCCUUUGCGCUUUUCUUGAUCACUGUGGCAGGAGACCCGCUUCGCGUCAUCAUCUUGGUCGCCGGGGCAUUUUUCUGGCUGGUCUCCCUGCUCUUGGCCUCUGUGGUCUGGUUCAUCUUGGUCCAUGUGACCGACCGGUCAGAUGCCCGACUCCAGUAUGGCCUCCUGAUUUUUGGUGCUGCAGUCUCUGUCCUUCUACAGGAGGUGUUCCGCUUUGCCUACUACAAGCUGCUUAAGAAGGCAGAUGAGGGGUUAGCAUCGCUGAGUGAGGACGGAAGAUCACCCAUCUCCAUCCGCCAGAUGGCCUAUGUUUCUGGUCUUUCCUUCGGUAUCAUCAGUGGUGUCUUCUCUGUUAUCAAUAUUUUGGCCGAUGCACUUGGGCCAGGUGUGGUUGGGAUCCAUGGAGACUCACCCUAUUACUUCUUGACUUCAGCCUUUCUGACAGCAGCCAUUAUCCUGCUCCAUACCUUUUGGGGAGUUGUGUUCUUUGAUGCCUGUGAGAGGAGACGGUACUGGGCUUUGGGCCUGGUGGUUGGGAGUCACCUACUGACAUCGGGACUGACAUUCCUGAACCCCUGGUACGAGGCCAGCCUGCUGCCCAUCUAUGCAGUCACUGUUUCCAUGGGGCUCUGGGCCUUCAUCACAGCUGGAGGGUCCUUCCGAAGUAUCCAGCGCAGUCUCUCGUGCCGACGGCAGGAGGACAGUCGGGUGAUGGUGUAUUCUGCCCUGCGCAUCCCACCCGAGGACUGAGGGAACCUUGGGGGGGACCCCUGGGCCUGGGGUGCCCUCCUGAUCUCCUCGCCCUGUAUUUCUCCAUCUCCUGUUCUGGACAGUGCA